CUAAAAAUGGUUCGUGCUUGGUAUAUGGACGAUGAGGUUGCGUUUCCUAGAAAGGAACACCAUAGAAUUCCUCCUCAGUUCGUCACGUUGGAAGAACUGCAUAAGUCUUCGGGAGUGGAAUAUUUCCAGGUAUCACCCGAUUGUUACGAGAUUGACAAUACCCUAAAACAAUUAAUAGAAGAAAGGGGCAACAACAUACAACAGAUAGUCGAUAAUCCAAAUGAAGAAGAGUUAAAAAAGCACUUCACUGAACACUUCCACGCUGACGAUGAGUUUAGACUCGCAAUAGAAGGUUGCGGGUACUUUGACGUAAGGGACAAAUUUGACGAGUGGAUUCGUAUAGAAGUUUUGCCAGGGGAUUUGCUGGUUAUUCCAGGAGGCUGUUACCACCGCUUCAUUGUGGAUAGCCAGAAUGUUUACAAAGGCUUGAGAAUAUUAAAGGAUGCAAUUUACCAGGCACACAACCGCUCCUCUGAUGAAUUGGAAUGCAGAAAAGAAUAUUUAAGGAAACUUUUUAAUGGUGCUUAUGAUGAACCAAAAGAAGAAAUCAAUCUAAUUUAACUUAAUAUAAGCUAUUAAUUUUUUGUAGACACAUUACACCAAUAAUGUAAGGAAAUUAAAUUUAUAAUUACCUACUUGUUAGAAAUAAAGACUAGU